GAAAAAAAAAAGGCUACGAGUGAACCAACAGGCAAAAGAGCGACUCCGCUAGCAAGCUAGGUCUUGGCUUGGCGGCCGCCGGAAUGGACCGCCGCCGCAGCCCGCGGCUCCGUUCGCAAAUCCAAGCAACUGAGGACGGGGCCGGACUGGACCGCCGCCGCAGCCCGCGCCUCCAUCCCCGAACCCAGGCGAGCCAGGAGGGCGCCUCCAUGACCCGCCGCAUCCCUCGCCGCCGCCGCGGGCGCUCGCCCGCCUCCCUUCCGGACGACGACGACAUCCUGCGGGAGAUCUUCGUCCGCCUCCCGCCUACGCCGUCCUCGCUCGCCCGCGCCUCCGCCGUCUGCAGGCGCUGGCGGGGCCUCCUCGCCGACCCCAAGUUCCACCGCCAGCUCUGCGCGCGCCACCGGGACCCGCCGCUGCUCGGCUCCUUCGUGCCCGAAGACCACGGCCAGCGCGUCGUGUUCGCCCCCAUGCUCGACCCUCCUGACCGCAUCCCACCUCGGCGGUUCGACCUCGGACGCUGCGGCCAGAACACGGACGUUCUCGGCUGCCGCCACGGCCGCGUCCUCGUCAAAGACCGCGUUCCUCACGCGGAGGUCAUCGUGUGCGACCCCAUCACGGGCGACCAGCGCACGGUGGCCUACCCACCCGACUUCACCAGGGUCUCCGUCAACGGGGCGGUGCUCUGCGCCGCCGCUGCCGCCGACCCUGGCCACGUGCACGGCAGCUGCUACUCCAGCCCCUUCAAGCUGGUCCUGGUCACCAUGUACAGAAGGCACCCGAACCGACUCCUCGCCUGUGUCUACUCCUCCAACACCGGCCUAUGGGGCGAUCUCAUCUCAUUACAAUCUCCAUCCGACAUCCAUGGUAAACCCGCCGUCCUCGUUGGCAACUCUCUCUACUGGCUGUCCCUGAUCAAUGGCAGCAUACUUGAGUUUGAUCUGGGCGAGAACAACAUAGCUGUGAUGAUGGGGCCUCCUGUUACCCAUACCGACCGCUUCAUAAACCAUCAGAUCAUCAAGGCUGAGGAUGGCGCCGUUGGCUACACCAUGCUGGUUUAUCCUUCACUCCAGAUGUGGAAGAGAGACGUCGAUGCUCAGGGUGUUACCACGUGGGCGCCGUGGAAGACCAUUGGAAUGGAUACCAUUCCUGGACUCCCUCCUCGGACCGAAAGAAGGCAGAGAAUCCAGGGAUAUGAUGAGGAUACUGAUGUAGUGCUUUUACAUGUGAAUGGCACCGUGUACAUGGUUGACCUUAAGUCGAUGCAAUCUACUGAGCUUUCUGGACCCUUGAUUCAUAUCGGCGCCUAUCAUCCUCUCAGGUGUUUCUAUACGCCAGUCAUUCGCGAAGGUCAUGGAGUGUACGAUCCAUAGGGUGAAUGUCUGGUUUGAUGUGCUUAUGUGCUGAAAUGAUUCAGGUGAAGGGAUGGCCGCUGCAGUUAUCGCUGAAUUUGUCGCAUUGCAUCAAUGUGGUCGGCGGGGUUCACAUGUUAUCCGAAGAACAAACUAGUCCUAGUCUAGCUUAAUUUCUAGUGUUGCAAGUCUGCUUUAAAAUACCUAAUCUGGGGGAUUUCUGCUUCUCCAAGUAUUAUUUCUAGUGUUGUGCCUCGAUUUUGUUUUCGGUGACUUCAACUUGUGCCAUAUGCUAUGUUGCAUCAAAUAAAUCUUCGACUUCUGCAUGACCUGUAAA